AUGGCAGGUGCUGUUUCCUCCAGUCAGGAUGGGAUCUCUGGGUCAGAGGUGGAGCUGAGAGUCCGACCAGGAGACAAUGUGACUCUCUACUGUGACAUGUUACUCCCUAAUACCCUAAUUGUGUGGUACAGAAACUGUUCUCAUGUGGACCAGCCACAUUUGGUCAUUACACGUCACAAGCGGGUUAGAGACCCGAAAUAUUUGGAAAACUUUCAAAGUGCCUUUUCUCGGUUUACUCUGGUUUGGAACAUCAGUAAGAGGACCCAUGACCUACUGAUUGAGAACGUCACUGAAUCAGACCUGGGACUCUACUACUGUGGGACUAACACAACUAUAAUGGAAGAAGGAAACCAAACUGAAAAGGAAGACUUCAACCGCUAUGGAAAUGUCAUCACCAGGCUUUCAUUUGACAUCAGACCUGAGUCCUCCUCACCUCCUGUAGACUGUGGUCUGUGUUGGAUUCUGCUGGUCAGUUUGUGUCCUGUGUCUGUCCUCCUCUCCUCUACCUGUGUCUACUCCUUCUGCAGAAGAUCAGUUGGAACUGAGACUCAGCCUACUCCAGACAUGAAUACCAACCAGCACAUUGUCAGCAGCCAGAAGUGGGAAGGCGAUGUGUGUUAUGCCUCACUGGACAUCCGUCAGGGACAGAAGAGACCAAAGAAAAUGAAGGUUGAGAACUCUGAUCUCAGUACCUAUUCAGCCAUCAAUACCAUCAGAGAGUGACUUAUACCAACCAUCAAAACCAUCAGAGAGUGACCUAUACCAGCCAUCAAUACCAUCAGAGAGUGACGUAUACCAACCAUCAAAACCAUCAGAGUGACCUAUACCAACCUUCAAUACCAUCAGAGAGUAACAUAUACCAGCCAUCAAUACCAUCAGAGAGUGACCUAUACCAGCCAUCAAUACCAUCAGAGAGUGACGUAUACCAACCUUCAAUACCAUUUGAGUGUGACCUAUAUCAGCCAUCAAUACCUGCAGAGUGACCUAUACCAGUGAUCAAUACUAGCAGAGUGACCUAUACCAGCCAUCAAUACCAUCAGAGAUUGACCUAUACCAGCCCUAAAUACCAUCAGAGAAGGACCUAUACCAGCCCUCAAUACCAUCAGAGAGCGAUCUAUACCAGCCAUCAAUACCAUCAGAGAGUGACCUAUACCAGCACUUAAUACAAUCAGAGUGUGACCUGUACCACCCACCAAUACCAGUAGAGUGGCCUGUACCAGCCAUCAAUGCCAGCAGAGUGACCUAUACAAGCCAUCAAUACCAGCAGAGUGACCUAUACAAGCCAUCAAUACCAUCAAAGAGUGACAUAUACCAGCCAUCAAUACCAUCAGAGAGUGAUGUAUACCAGCCCUCAAAACCAGCAGAGUAACCUAUACAAACCAUCAAUACCAGCGGAGUGACUUAUAUCAGCCAUCAAUACCAGCAGAGUGACUGGUAUAGGUCAUACAGCUGGUAUUUUUUGUUGGUACUAUAUAGGUCAUUUAGCUGGUUUCAAUACCAUCAAUACAUGAAGAAUAUAACCUAUACCAGCCAACAAUACCAGCAGUAAGACCUAUAGCAUUACAAAGCAGCUUGGGGGACAACGAAUGACAAUGAGAGCUUGCAUAUUUGUAAUUGUGAAGUUUUAUGUAUAUUUGGAUGUAUUUAACUUCUGA